CGUGCCUGAAAACCUGUGCGUUUUUAAGCCGGUUCUCACGCCUUUAAAUCCUGAUUAUAACUCGUAAGCGAAAAGUGAUGCUGCUGAUGCAGGUACAGAGACACUGAGAAUAAUAAGGGGCGGUACUUUUAACUCUUUUUAUUCCCUCCCCUCCCGUGCUCCUUAACUUCCCACAAAGAUAACCCCUCUCAUUUGCCUGUUUUAUGAUCAUUGUUUCUUUACUCCAAAAGUGUCAUUUGGAUGCAGGGACAUCAACCUGAACAUACUUUCUACCGGACAACAUGAUCCUUUUUUUUUUUUUUUUUUUUUUUUUAAAUCUGAUCUUCUGCAAUUGACGCUCCGCGCCCUGUUUGCACCGCGCAUGCAGUUCAAUGACACCUCCACCCUACACUACCGACGUCUGUCUUUUAUUUGAUUACUAUUUCAAUAUACCAGCACGUGUAUGCGCGAUCAAUUAACCUGCACGAUCUGCCAAAGCGGGGACUGGAAAGGAAAGGAUUUGACGAGGAGAAAGCGAACAUGAAGGUAAGAGUCAAAAUCAAAAGUCCGGUACUUAUUAUUCAAUAGCACAAGUUAAACAGCACGUUUGACAUUUAUCAUCCUGCACGUUGUUUUGCCUAUAGCAGUGCAGCAGCUGCUCGAUUUUGCCCGACAGUGUGUGUGUAUCCAGUGUGUGUGAGUGUGCAUGUGUAUAUAUGUGUGUGUGUGUGCUUUUCCCUCUCUCUCUCUCCUCUCUCCUCUCUCUCGCUCUCUCUCUACAAGAUCACCACAUCCUCUUAGAGCAUCACUGUCCAAAUAUCCCGUCAGCCGUGCACAUCGCCUCUGACUUUCUCUGGGAUACGGUGGUACCACAUACUCAUCACUGCCUUUUUCCACACACACACAAACACACCAGCCAGGCUUUGUUUUUUUGUUUUUUUGUACAUUUGAAAUCCAAGCAACUCGUAUUUAUUUAAAGUGCAGACUUGUUCUUGAAAUCUCAGUCGGGUCAAUGUAUAUAGACGCGUUCAAACGGAUCCUCUUUGAAAGGCUGAACUGCUUGAAAAGAAUGUGUGUGUGUCAGCGACAAGGCAGCUCAUUUGCCAUGUCUAAGACAGCGGUGAAGAAGCUGCACUGGCGCUCCAAGGUGCAGGACAGCUUCGUCCCCUUGCUGGGCUCGUCGGGGGAGCUGGGCAUCGCCAUUGGUGGAGGGGCGGAUUAUGGAGAGUUCCCCUUUGUCACGUCUGCGCCGGGGGGCGGACUCACAGUGGGCGAUAUCAUCCUAGAGAUUGGGGGAACACCUGUAUUAGGGAUGACGCUCGGAGAUGUCCGCGGUGUCCUCAACUCCUGCCCUCAUCCCAUCCGCAUCAAAACUGUGUCACCAGGCUCAUCAUUGUGCAAGGAUCUCAGGUUGUAUCUGAGUAAGUGCUUCACACCCGGCUCAGUGGACAGCCAACUUCAGCAGGUCAUCCGAGAGAAUCUCUACCUCCGUGCUGUACCUUGUACAACCAGACAGCCCAGAGACGGGGAAAUCUCAGGGGUAGACUACAACUUUGUCUCCAUUGAGGAGUUCUUCUCUUUGGAGGAGUCGGGAGCGCUGCUCGAGAGUGGAAAGUUAAAAGGGAAUUACUACGGCACGCCUCGUCCCGUUCACAUCAGCGCAGAGAGCCCUCCCAUCACCUACCAGGAGCACCGCAACCUGCUCCGAAACUUCCGCACACGCAGCAAAUCCCUCAGCAACCUAGAGAAGGCUGCAGAGGACGGUGAGAACAGCGAGGAAGACUCAGGCCUGUCAGGAGGCUCUGCAGGCGUAAGCAGCAGCAUCCCUCACAUCCAUCGGUCCCCCGGUCGGCCCCGGGCGUCCAGCAGCGGGGAUGGUCGUGCCAUAGAGAACGGCAUCAUCGGCAGCAGAAGCAUUGCCAGGGUCAGAGGUGUGAUGCCCGAUCACUGGGAGAUGGCCUUCAGUGACCCGGGUGACUCUCACUAUAUAGAUCGUAGCCCAAAGAGGACCAGCUGGCAGAGUCCUCGAGCAUCGAGCAGGGAAACCGUCUACAAAAACGAAUGGUUCACAGACCAGCCUGCGGAGCUCAGGGGUUUCCCGGUGCACACACACUUGACCAAAGGCUCCAGAGGGUUUGGAUUCAAUAUCGUUGGGGGCAGCAGGCCGAGAGAGUUCCUCCAGGUCUACAGCGUGACUGCAAGUGGACCCUCAGCACUCAAGACAGCGGACCUCCUGGUGUACAUCAAUGACGUUUGUGUGUUGGGCGUGUCUCACAAAGAGGUGGUAGAGAUGCUCAAGUCUGUGCCUGUGGGCCACAGCGUGGAUGUAGAGGUUAGAAGAGGGUAUCCAAUGCUCUACAAUCAUGAUGGCUGUCCCAAGCAGCCCGCGCCAAGACACCUGGACAGCGGGGAGCCCAUCAUACCACCCACCACCACCCAGCCUCAGCCUCUUCACCAACUACCUCGCCUCCCAACGCCCACUCCCCAGACCCAGCACUUUAACUUCAACGGGGUUCACGGUGACGGGAGCUACAUGGAACCAGGGCUGGCUCUAGACUCUAACGGGAAUGCCACACCUUUCGGCAGACGUCCGCCGUCAUACAGACGUUCCAGCACGAGCAACGCUGCCUCCUCGCCACCAGCGCGUCCACCUCGCUCCCUGAAAAGUUUAGCCAGGCUGCAGUCAUUCGACCCAACACAUGCCAGCCAGAGUGACAGUGAAGUCGUUUCAGCCAUCGGUUCACACAGGGCAUCAAUGAUCCGUAAUCACAACAACAACUCCCUCUCAACGCCCUCUCAUACUUUUCGUUACGGCACCUCCAAGUCAUCCGAGAGUGACCUGUCCACCUGCACCCUGUCGGGGUCCCGGCUGCCCCUGCCUCAGUCACCAGGGAGGCCCAUGUCGUCCCCUGGCGGUCCCCGCAGCGCUCACUCCCGCCUCUUCAGACCGCAGACCUCACACCUGAGACCUCCUCCCACCCCUGACAGCCCCCACCACCACCACCACCACACCUUCAACGGUUUCCAGAACAACACCAGCCCCACUGCAAGUCCCAGCAGCAUGUCCUCUCCCGGGGGGAUGAGCAUGGGAAGUGGAGUUGGCAGCUUCAGCGGCGGGGAGCUGGUGCCAGUCGUCUUGGGCCAGUGUGAAGGAGGACUCGGCUUCAGCGUGACGGCUGGCGGUCCGGGAGGCAGGAUGAGUAUAGUGAAAAGAGUCUGGGACAGGAAGCAGUGCCACUCCCUGCAGCCAGGGGAUGCUAUUGUUAAAAUCAACGGAGCAGACGUCCAGAGUCUUAGCUUCGCACAAGUACAAAGAAUUCUCCAGGAACACACCAAACAGGCAGAAGUCAUCUUGCUGGUUUACAGAGGAGGCAUCUAUCACUCAGCCGUCUCCCCAGGCUCCGUCCGAAGACUCCCUCCUCCUCUCCUCCACCCUCCUCCUCCACCUGAUUCGGACAACACCUCUCUGCUCCCAGAAAUACUGCCCUUGCCCCGUACCACCAUUAGCACCCCUCCCUCCAAGCGCUCCUCGCUGAUCCAGAGCACCAGUUUCUUGGAGUCGAUUCCAGUGACCCUCACCAUGGAACCCAAAGACUGGAUAAACACGGGCCUGGAGGACGAGGCGGGCGGCGUCGCAGUGCCUGAUUCAGGUCUGGACAGGCAGGGUGGUGAGCGGACGCGCCCUCUCCGAGGGUUCGAUGUGGAGUUGAGGAGAAAGCCAGGAGAGGGCUUUGGGUUCGUCAUUGCCUCUCAGGAUGUUGAGAACGGCAAAGCUGCUUCACUUCUCCCUCACCGGUUUGUGACGGUCCGUCGGGGCAGUCCAGCGUCCAAGAGUGGUCAGAUCCGGCCUGGAGAUCGAUUAGAGGCAGUGGAGGGACGCUCGGUGGUGACUCUGCCUCAUCGGGAGCUUUCUCAGAUCCUCCGUCGAGCUGGAAACACUCUCCGCCUCACUAUUAUCCCACGCCCCAGCACCUAUUCUUCAAGCCUUUCAGAAACCACUGAUUAUGACCCCGGUCACAGAAGCAGAAAGGGUCAAAGGUCACGUCCAAAGCGUGACUCCAGGUAUUACAGCGUAGACUUGGAUCGUGGCCCGUCAGGCUUCGGCUUCAGCCUGCGAGGGGGCAGCGAGUACAACAUGGGCCUCUACGUCCUGGGACUGAUGGAGGGGGGUCCGGCCUCACGGAGCCAAAAAAUGCAGGUCAGCGAUCAGCUUGUGGAGAUCAAUGGGGACAGCACAGCAGGGAUUACCCACAGUCAGGCGGUGGAGCAGAUCCGCAGAGGAGGCCACCGCAUCCACCUGGUGCUCAAGAGAGGAAACGGCUACGUGCCUGAUUAUGUGGAGCUCUCCAGUUUGUCUCUAUGUAUGACCAACUCCAAGCUAGGCGAGCCUUGCUUCUAUGUCAUUGGACGGACAGAGAAUACGCGGUUGGUAAUGGUUCCUGCCGUGAACACAGAGUCACCUCCCCCUCCCACUUGCAUCACCCCAAGGAGCAGGGUUUGGCUGCAGUAAACUCCACCGGACGGAAGGGGCACAGCUCCAAGCAUAAGAGGAGAAGCAGGUCUGCAAAUGGACGCGAGCGAGGCAGAGAGACGGAAAAGAGGAGGAGGAGAAGAGGGGGCUCAG